GCCCCGCCCCGUGACGCGAAGCCCCGCCCCGUGACGCGAGGCCCCGCCCCGCGGCGCCCGCUUCCAAGAUGGCGGUGGCGAUGUCUGCCAGGCUGUUGGGGUGGCGGUGACGCCGGGCAGCAGGAGAGCAGCUGGUCCCAGGAUCGCUGUUGGAGCGCUGGAUGGCCUUUCUCUGUCCUCUGUGACAUUUCCAAUUUUAGAUAAUGCCUCACAUAUCUGCGCCCCCGGGACCCCCUGAAGCCCCCAUGAUCCCGAAGAAGACAGCUUGAACCUAGAACUCUCCUCUCUCCCUCCUCAGACCUCAGCCCAGGAUGUUGCGGAGGCUGCUGGAGCGGCCCUGCACACUGGCCCUGCUGGUGGGCUCCCAGCUGGCUGUCAUGAUGUACCUGUCACUGGGGGGCUUCCGGAGCCUCAGUGCCCUAUUUGGCCGAGAGCAGGGGCCGACAUUUGACUAUUCUCAUCCCCAUGAUGUCUACAGUAACCUCAGUCACCUACCGGGGGCCCCUGUUGCCCCAGGGGGCCCUCCAGCUCCUCAAGGCCUGCCCUACUGUCCAGAACGAUCUCCUCUUUUAGUGGGUCCCGUGUCCGUGUCCUUUAGCCCAGUGCCGUCGCUGGCAGAGAUUGUAGAGAGGAAUCCCCGUGUGGAACCGGGGGGCCGGUACCGUCCCGCAGGGUGUGAACCCCGCUCCCGAACAGCCAUCAUUGUGCCCCACCGUGCCCGGGAGCACCACCUGCGCCUGCUGCUCUACCACCUGCACCCCUUCCUGCAGCGCCAGCAGCUUGCUUAUGGCAUCUAUGUCAUCCACCAGGCUGGAAAUGGAACAUUUAACAGGGCCAAGCUGCUAAACGUUGGUGUGCGGGAGGCCCUGCGUGAUGAGGAGUGGGACUGCCUGUUUUUGCACGACGUGGACCUCCUGCCUGAGAACGAUCACAAUCUGUAUGUGUGUGACCCCCGAGGACCCCGACAUGUUGCUGUUGCCAUGAACAAGUUUGGAUACAGCCUCCCGUACCCCCAGUACUUUGGAGGAGUCUCGGCACUCACCCCUGACCAGUACCUGAAGAUGAACGGCUUCCCCAAUGAAUACUGGGGCUGGGGUGGUGAGGAUGACGACAUUGCUACCAGGGUACGUCUGGCUGGAAUGAAGAUCUCUCGGCCCCCCACAUCGGUGGGGCACUACAAGAUGGUGAAGCAUCGAGGAGAUAAGGGCAAUGAGGAAAACCCUCACAGAUUUGACCUCCUGGUCCGUACCCAGAAUUCCUGGACACAAGAUGGGAUGAACUCACUGACAUACCGACUGCUGGCUCGAGAGCUGGGCCCUCUCUAUACCAACAUCACAGCAGACAUUGGAACUGACCCUCGGGGCCCCCGGACUCCCUCUGGUCCCCGUUACCCACCUGGUUCCUCCCAGGCCUUCCGUCAAGAGAUGCUGCAGCGCCGGCCCCCGGCCAGGCCUGGCCCUCUGCCUACUGCCAACCACACAGCCCCCCACGGUUCACACUGACUCCUUCCUGCCCACCUCAAUCAUGAAACUAAAUCAGAGGGGUUGUGUCCUCCCCACCCUCAGCUCCUCACUGCUCUUAGAGGGAUGUGGGGGAACUGAACUCCAGGGCUACUCACUGUUGGCAGGGGCCUCCCCUCAGUGCUGGACUGGAGCUGGGCUCCUUCGGACCUGGGGGUCCCUCUUUCUAGGGUCACCUGCCAGGGCUUAUGACUGUGAAUCCCUGAUGUCAUGAUUUUAUGUGAUGACUCCUGAAAGUCCCUGGCCCCUGGGGUAAGAGCAGGGCUGGACCCCAAGUCCUUUCCUUUUCCAUGGAGAGAAGAGUGAUCUGGCUUUUCCUGGGAUCUCUGUGAAUAUUUAUUCUAUUUAUGGUUCCGAGGAAGUAAGUUUGGUGAAGGAACCCCUUCCCUGGGUACUCUCUGCCAGUGCUGGACUAGCUUCCUCUUCUGGACCCGCCUCAGGGGGCUGGGAUUUUGAUAUAUUUUCUAAUAAAGGACUUUGUCUUGCCUCUG